AAUUUAAAUUUUUUGUUGGGUUAUUUGUUACUUUAUUUCUUAUUUAGUUUAAUUAAAAAAUAGUAUCAAAGCUAACUGUUAAAAAUGUUUUAUCCUAUUGAAUCACUGCGUAGAGGUGGACGUUUCCACUUGUGUUGGCUAGCUGAUUCUUGGCCUCGUCGUUUUGCAAAGAUUAGGGCUCCACAAGUUCGUUCGCAGAAUAUUUCUGCAUUAUGUAACCACUUACUCGAACUUAUUGCCCAAGAGUCUGGAAAUCCUUCUAGAAGGUUUUCGUUGCGUUUGAGUUCUCAACUUAUGCGUGGACUAGUGAGGCUUUACGCAAGACAAGCAGAAUUAUUAGUUGGCGAGCUCUGGACUAUCAGAAUAAAUGUAACUGCACCGUCUAGGAGCCCGACAAUUCAAAGGCCAAAAAGACUAAGUUUACCUAGACAACAAGAAGAGGUAGAAGAGGUGGGGCCCAAUCUAGAAGAACUAAUAGAGAAUGCUGGUAAUACAGUGGCACGUGUACAGGACAUAACACUACGAGAAGUAACACUACCAGAGAUUCGAGUGUGGGAUGAGAAUUUCGGUGAGCUGCACCCCGACGAAGCAUUGAAUUUGUUUAUGGACGACACGAUGGAGAAGAUGUUAGCCCGCGAGAUAGGUGGGGCCGGCCCUAGUGUGGACAUGACAGCUCUGGACAUUACUGUCGGGAGGUCGGGGGACGUGUCACAGCUUGCCGUCCGCGACGCCCGCGCCCUCAUGGAGAAAAUUUCCGAAUACGAGGUCUCCACACUGAAUAAAUCCACCGGUGACAAUCUUCGCCCUUCUGUUGAUCUGCACAAAGAAAUUCCCGAAACAUCCGAUAUCCUGUCUCCUGAAAUUCCUGUUCCUGGGGAGAAGGCUAGCGUAAUUGAACCGACGCGGACGCAAGAGAGAGCAGAAGUCCUGAAUAUGUCAUUGGAGUCGAUUGCACAAAGCGAAUUGGAGAGGGAGCUGUUGGAAAAGAAACGGAGGCGCAAAUUGAUUAUUGAUAGAAGUAUUAAAUUAUCGUCAACCUAUAUGCGAUCGCGUAUUCAUAAUAUAUAUGUAGAAGUGCGCGCUGAGAUUGCUGAACACGAUCGCUGCAACAGAACGAUUGCUGCGAACCAAUUGUUCGCAAGGCCCGCGCGAGAGAGCUAUCUACCUGGCAGAGGUUUGGCGCACCAGCUGAGCCAGAUGUACGAGUGCAAGCUCAGUGCUAAGCGGAAUGCGCCGCAAGCUGACCCUCAAAUGGCGAGAUCGCUGGGAGGUGUUGAAAUAAGGAGAACAGAUAAUAGAGAAACAUUAAGAAGAAAUUCGGAUGAAAUACAGCAUACGGCGAAAAGAGCAAGACGUAGCGUCGCUGUAUCUUACCAAAAUGUGCCGAUGGAAGUAGACGAGAUUGCCACGUUAGAGAUGAAAAGAGACAACAUAGCCAACAAUGAGCAGACGUUUGGCGAGGUGGAGCUUGCAGUCCUGCCUGAGCCUGCGCCUCACGAGACAACCGCCGGGCUGCAGAGUCCAAGACUUCGGCACAGUGAAUGUAUCGAGUCAGCACAGAUCAGCACAGGACACUUGACGAACAACGAGCAAAUAGCGUUUAGCAGACUUAGGUCGAUGUUAGGCGAAGUGGGGCUGGCCGACCUCCCGGCUCCCGAACCUCACCAGCCGACCGCCGGAUUGCAGACUGAACGUAGCGAGUCGGCGAACGGAAGUCCGGACAGAACUAAAGUCUCACUUGGAGACUCAGUGACUACAACCAGUUCUAUGACGUUUGUGAGAACUGAGUGGGGUUCAGAAGGCACCAUGAUCAAGAUAUGGCGGCUGCUGUCGUCGGGUACACCUCAAUCGAUAACUUUUGAGCAGCUGCUGGCCGAGAAUCCGGCCGAGUAUCCAGGACAUAGGCGAAUAAUUGUCGCGAAGUGUUUCAUGUCGGUUAUCAAAUUGAAACAUUAUGGCUUCAUAGAAAUCAGUAAAGUUCCGGGCACAACACACAUUCAAAAUAUAUCCCUGGGCCCUCGGAUGAUAGCACAAUUUGCUGCGAACUCAACUGUCUGAAUAAAAUAUAAUUCCUUCUUUGGACAUAAUUUAGGAUUUUUAAUAUUUUAUGGAAAUAACUUUAUUAUUAACUCUUUGAUUUUAUUUUUAAUUUAAUACUAGCUUUAACUCGCAACUUCGUCCGCUUAGAAUUGUUACUUUGGGCAGCAUCGGAUGUUUUGAACAAAGUUUCAAAAAGGCUCUAAAUGUUUAUAAAUUACUACUUAUCAAGUGCCUAAAUACAAAGUUUUUUUUUACAUAAGAGGGGGCAAUCGAGCAAGAGGUAUGGGGAGAGGUGAGGCAACCGCCUAUGGAUACAUACGCAACAAUAGGUCGAGAGAAGUGUUGCCGUCCUUUAAUGUGGUAGUAUGCUUUUUUUUUCGUCCCUGUGGUUUUAUUUCCGAAAAUGACGAAUUCCCAUAGAAACUUCCAUCCCCUAUUUCAACCCCUCUAUUUAUUUUUUCGCAAUUAAAGGUUGCCUAUGUCCAUUUCCAAGCUUAUGUAUAAAAUUUCAUCAAAAUCGGUUCAGUGUCAAGAUUUAGCCGUGAAAGCGUAAUAAACAAACUUAUAUUCACAUUUAUAAUAUUAGUAUUUAAUCAUUUUUGUUGUUUUAAUACAGUAUAUACAAACGUAUAUAAAUUAUUGAUUCUUAGAUAUGUGGUUAUUUUUAUGUUUUAAAUAUAAAGUAUUCUUACUAUUACCAAUAGAAAUCCAAAUUUUUGUGAGUGUCAUAUAUAAGUAUACUAUAUUAUAUAAACCCAAAAAAUUAAAUAGUUAUUUGUUCAACAUGUGAGCAAAGUUAUUUUUUGCUGCAAGUGCUGACUUUAAAUCACGAAUCGGCGAAGUAGUCUAGAAUUCAAUUCUAAUGUAGACUACUGAGGCCUUGACUACUAGGCACGAGACAAAAAAAAAUGUUGCUCUCGUGUGAAACAUACAACUUUUCACCUCGACUAGCUAGAAAAGUGUUAUAGGUAAGAGAAACAAUUAUGAUAAUAUUUAACAAUUUUUAUUAUAAAUAUCAAACCCUCAUAAAAAAUCAAAAGUUGAAAGUAAAAUUACUGAAAUAUUGCAGAUUAAAGGUAACAGUUUUAUUUGGAACUGUGAUUCAUUGAUUUUUUUGAUUUGAUUGAUUAUUUACUUGCGUAUUAGGUAAGAUUUCUGUCUCUAGGUUUGUGCGUUUCGGAGGGCAUUCAAAAGAGCGUGGUAAAAGUAGACGACUUUCAAUAACGUCUUCUUUCGAACUAGAAGGGCGUGAGCUAUCCGUCGGAAUUUUUAAAUUAAUUGACUUUAUAAUGCUCUUGCAAAUUUUGGAUUAGAAUCUUCAAUCUUCAGCAACUGUACUGGAUUUCCAGCCGCCGUGGCGUUUUAAAACAUAUUUGUUUUGUAUGGACAUAUUUUCAAUGAGAGAAUUUAUUGACGCACGGUUUGACAGUUCUGCUCUAAAACAAUUUCAUUACAACAACAGGGAGCAUAUUUUACGAAAUAAUUCUUGAUGUUAUAUGAUAUAUUUUUGAUAAAUUCAUAAAAAACAUUAUUUUAUUUAUUACUAGCUGAUACCCCGCGACGUUCGCGUACGUAAAUUUACACCUUGGGUUGCAUUACUGCACUUUUAGUACGGAUCCCUAAUUUUUUUGAAAAUGUUAUAUAGCCUAUAACACUCGGGGAUAACGUAGCUUCCCAACAGUGAAAGAAUUAUUCAAAUCGGUUGUAGUUGCGGAGCCUAUUCAAUGCAAACAAACAAACAAUCAAAUCUUUCCUCUUUAUAAUAUUAGUAUAGACAUACACAACAACGUCUCUCGGGUCAACUAGUAAAGUAUAAAAAUAAAUUAGUUUCACAUUUGUUUUUUAGGUAAAAAAUUAAUCCAGUAUAGGUGCUUAAUGAUAAAGCUAGUACCGAUUUACUUACUUUCAUACCAAGGAAUUUGUAGUCUGGUGCUUCGUUAACAAAUUUUUCAAUUUCAGGUGCAGUGAAUACUUUAGUUUUUUUAGACUUGUAUCCUUCCCAAUUCCUUUUUAAAAAUGCCAACAGUUUUGGAUAUGUUUCUAUAUUCGCGUCACAUUUUGUUUUAAUAACAGCUUUUAGCAUAGAAUAAAUACUCCAUAGCGUACUCAGUUGCCGUGAUUUUGAUAUUCCAUGCAAUAAGACAACAGCACAGUUUCUGAAUAAGUUUUCGCACCUUUUGAAAGUCCCCAAUUAUUAAAUAACUCGUACGCCUUGAGAUAUUUUUACGUGACUUUUCUGGUAUAAAGCUAAAUUCAGCAUUAGAAACUCAACUCUUGUGGAGUUAGAGAACUAAAUUCAUCGCUGGACGCACUCAUUUUACGUAAUAUACCUUCCCGCCAUUUCGUUUUAUAAGUUUAUUUUUUUAUUUAGAUGUUGCGUUCGGAAACUGCAAUGCUUGAAAUUUUUAUGAAAACCAAACACGAUAUUUUUAAGUAAGCGAUAAUAAUGUUUACUAGUGUUUAUUUUAAAUAUUAAGUCUAAAUUUCGAUAAGUAACUUAUAAAUUUUUGUGACAAUGAGGUAAUACGUAAGGCUAAAAUGGGUUUUGGAACGCACCGGAUCGCAUUUUUUAUUUUUUUAACGCAGAGUAAUUCCCGGGUGUAUGGUCACGUGGGGUUGGAAAUUUAAAUCACUUUGCCUCACGUUCGCAGCAAAAAUGUUUUUUUGUUGUUUUCACGUAGCAAUAGCGCCCUUUUAGUGAGAGGGGAAAAUACUUUUUCAUAGUAGUUGUAUUUUCAUGUAGUUAUUUUUAUAUGAUUAUUCAUUUGUUAUUGAAUAAAUAUUUUAUUUGUUAUAAUGACUCGACUACAUAUGGAAGUUAUUAAUUUUUAGUUCUUACUUAUAACAUUACUUGUUUUUGAAUAAAUGUUUUAUUUUGAUUAAAA